GUUACAAGCCCUUUUCUUUAACCACUGGACCACACAGCCUCCGCCGGUACAGUUAUGGGCCAUUGCUGGUCCUAUGUGGGCUUGCUUGCUGGGCUAUAGCUACGACUAACACACUCCACUCUGUCUGAGUUCUUAAAUUAAACAGAAAAGUUUGUUUCAGAACUUCAUGAAGGCAAUAGAACAAAAGCACACACAUUACUAGAAAGCAUUUUAACCCAAACUAAAUAGUUUAAACAACAUGUGAUAAAAUGCUGUGAAAAUCACCAGUGACCCUUGCAAUCUCUCCACCCUCCGCGUCAACAAAGCAAACUUUUCUGGUUCCUGUAAUGAGAUAAAAGCGUCACUUGCAGUGUGCUGCAGAAUCACUCUAAACCUACGGUGGCCCAAAAGUGCAAGUCGACACUGAACCCAGCUUGCGAGACUGGCUGGCUGGCUUCCUUGUCGAAGCAAGGGCGUGGUUGAGAUGAGAAGAGGAGGAGAGUAUGAAACUGGACACCGGGGUUCGCCAUGUUGGCUCCGAUGCGUUUUACUGCGCUAGCUUACACUGUGGUGGAUCCGAAAUGGCGCCGGUGUUCUCUGUUUCUGCUCAUUAAUACGCGCUCUCUCUUGGUUUUGUUAUUUCACAGGCUGCUGCUACGCGUGUGUGCGUCAUUGUAUUUAAACGAGACUGUAUCAUUAUUUAGUUUUGUUUUUUUAACAGGUAGGGCUGUUUAUUUGUUGUUAACGGAUUAAAGAGGUUUAUCUAUGAAACACAUGACUGAAGGACAGAAACAGCAACGCACAACGACUGCAGUGAGAGGUAAACACAACUUAGUUCACUUUGAUUUUACAGUACAGUGCAAAACAGAAACUGAACAGCACAACAAAGUAAGUUUUAUUUUUAAUGACAUUAAUAUCCACAGGACAGCACUAACUGGUCUAGGUGUGCAGUGUAGUUAUGAGACCGCGUGGUAAUUAGAACCUAGCAAUCGGUCAUUUUAAAUCGAUUUAAAAAAAAAUGCAAUAGAUUUUCAUUAACGGAGAAUGAUGGUUUAACUGUAUUUGUCUGGAUUGUAAAUCUACAUUAUAUAAAUUAACAGUAUUUAUUUUCAAAUGCGAUUUCUUUCUUCCCCCAUUGGAGAGAUGAGCUGCCUGCAGAGUGAGUUCAGCUGUACCGGCGUAAUGAAAUAGCAGCGCAUUUCAAACUGUUAAAACGCAACCCAAACGUCUCUACCUAGCUUUACGCCAAAAUACUUUUUUUAUACCUCUAAAAAAAUAGAAUUGAUAAGUAGUUUUCUGAUUUAGGAUUAGGAAACUGCAUUUUUAGGUUAAAAAUACAUUUUUUCACACUCGGGUGUUUCCGUGACCAAUCGGCUUGUUGACGUCACAGAGUGAACUGAUUUUCGUCCGUCCGACUGUUCCCAUCGGGUUUUUUUGCGGUGUAGAGCGUGUGAGAGACAGCCGAUUAAAAUUAUGCCUCGUCGAUGUGUCGCAGGGGGUUGUAGCAACACAAACGAAGGCAGGUUUAAACUUCACAAGUGGCCGAAGCGACCAGAGGUCGCCAGGGUUUGGACGGCGUUUGUCCGGAAAACGAGCGCCUCCUGGAGGAAGCCGACAAAAUGGUCGCACUUGUGCUCUGCCCAUUUCGAGGAGCGGUGCUACGAGACGACAGCGAUUGCCAGGUCCUGUGGUAUCCAGCCUCGACUGAGAGCCGAUGCGUCCCCCACAGUUAAACCAAAGAAGGCAACAGUUGUAGCGAAAACAAGACCUUUUAAGUCUCCUCAUAAACGUGUGAGACUCCAGACAAAACACGACGAGCUGAGCGGGUCUGCGGGUGUGCUUGUUUUCGUGUCACCGUUAGACUUACUGGCGUCAGCUGACGUUUCCUUGACCCAGCAAGAGGAAAACAGUAAGAAACUGGACCCCAGUUUUUCCACAGUAUUCACUUCGACCCCCCAAAUUAAAGAAAAGUUUACCAGGUGGAAGAUCAGCAUUUCGAAAGAGAGAGAAUACAGGGUGAGAACGGAUCAGCCUCACUCAAAGGAAGUUUCUGAGAUGGAAGCAGCUCACAUCAGCCCAGAGCUUCCUAUUCGAUGGGUUGUUUCUGCAGACAGGACUGUUGAGAUCAAGGAGGAAGUGACUGAGCUGGGGUGUGACCAGGCCAAUGAGCGGAUCCUGCAGGAGGAAACCCCACCUUCUAGCAUCACUGAGAGAGGUAUUGGUAUGAAAUUGGUACGUCUUGGUAGAAGAGAAGAAUCAGAAAUGGCAUCUUCUCGCAUUACAGUGGAGGCCCCUGAACUGAAACCUGCCCUCAUUAAAGAGGAGAGUCCUGUGCUAGAAUCAGUCCACAUUAAACAGGAGAGCCCUGAACUAGAAUCAGUCCAUAUUAAAAGGGUUGUUCUCAAUUCUAAACCCUUAAGCAGCUUGCAGGGCUCUCUUCCCUGUCCUGGAUGUGGGGAGAGUUUUAAUCCUGAAGGAAACCUUGAAACAUCUUCUGGAAAGACUCUGCAUCGCUGUGCUGGAUGUGUGAAGACUUUCAGGGAGUCAGGAAUCCUGAACGGACAGCAGCAAACAGGCACUGGAAAGACUCCAUAUAACUGUCAUGAAUGCGGGGCAGAUUUCAGACACCACAGCACCGUGAAACACCACCUGCGAGUUCUGAAGGUACAGCUGGGUUAUCCUUGUGAAAGGCAGGAUUCAGAGAUGGAGCCUGUCCACAUUAAAGAGGAGCUUCCUGAACUAGACCCUGUCCAUGUGAAAGAGGAGCUUCCUGAGCUGGAACCUGUCCACAUUACAGAGGAGACCCCGGCACUUGAACCUGUCCAGAUUAACGAGGAAAGUCCCGAGGUAGAAUCAGCAGAACGUCAACACCUUUCAGUAGAAGAAAGAGAACACGACUCCACUCCAUUACUGCAGUGCAAAAACUCUCCCAGUGACAAACCUCAGUGCAAGAAGCACAGAGAGACGACGCCCCAAGAAGAAAAACAAUUAAUUGUUAAAAUCCCUUCUGUACAAGUGCUGUUUUUUCUGGAGAGUGCAGAGACUGCACGUUCUGUGUGUGUGACCGAUUCUGAAACCCAGGGCAACUUGAAGACCUUGCCUUGUUCUACUGAAGAUGGGAAGAGUUCCUGUCAGUUAGACUCUCCUGAAACUCACAAGGGAAAUCACACAGGAGGGACUGCAUUUCCCUGUGCUGAUUGUGGGAAGAGAUUCAGUAAUUUAGCACACCUUAAAAGACACCAGCGUGUUCACUCAGGAGAGAAGCCACACCACUGUAAUGAUUGUGGGAGAAGUUUCACUCAAUUAGGAAGUUUUAAAACACACCAAUUAAUCCACACAGGACAGAAAACACACCACUGUAAUUCAUGUGACAAGAGGUUCUCUCGAUCAGAAUAUCUUAAAGCACACCAGCGCAUUCACACUGGAGAGAAACCACACCACUGUAAUGAUUGUGGGAAGCGCUUCACUCAAUUAGGAAAUCUUAAAAAACACCAACUAAUUCACACAGACGAGAAACCACACCACUGUAAUACAUGUGAGAAGAGGUUCUCUCGAUCAGAAUAUCUUAAACAUCACCAGCGAAUUCACACAGGAGAGAAGCCACACCACUGUAAUUAUUGUGGGAGAAGUUUCACUCAAUUUGGAAGUCUUAAAACACACCAAUUAAUCCACACUGGAGAGAAACCACACCAUUGUAAUGAUUGUGGGAAGUGCUUCACUCAAUUAGGAAAUCUUAAAAUACACCAACGGAUACACACAGGAGAGAAACCACACCACUGUAAUGAAUGUGGAAGAAGUUUCACUCGAAUAGACAACCUUAAAAUGCACCAACGAAUUCACACAGGAGAGAAACCACACCACUGCAAUGACUGUGGGAAGAGCUUCACUGAAUUAGGACAUCUUAAAAGACACCAAUUAAUUCACGCAGCAGCGAAACCCUGAAUGUUGGGAAUGAUUUCAUCUGGUGGGACACAUAAGAACAUAAGAAAGUUUCCAAACGAGAGGAGGCCAUUCAGCCCAUCUUGCUCGUUUGGUUGUUAGUAGCUUAUUGAUCCCAGAAUCUCAUCAAGCAGCUUCUUGAAGGAUCCCAGGGUGUCGGCUUCAACAACAUUCCGAAACCAGGAAAUUCUCACAAGACAAAAACCCUGUCACUCGAGAGAUUAAUGUCAUUAAUAAAAACUAAUCAGAGUUAAAAAUAAUUUCUUAACAAGAAAUUCCUUUACAAAGACUCCUCAGAAGUGUUUACUGCACAGGCUGCGUUUACACUUUGAAACAGACAAAAGGACACCAUUCCGGUCAUGAGACAUCAGAGCUUCAAACGAAACAGACACUUUGAACACAUUCCAAAGAGGGAGACACUAUUUCACCCCCUCGCUGGUAAGAGAGAGACGUGCCCGGAUGUUUAUCUCGUGGAAGAUGUUGCUUUCCGAUAUCCCACUGACUGAGACUGCAAACAUGAAUUAAGCAAUCUAUUGAUGGGGACACGUGGAUCCUUGAAGGACUUAAUUGCCUUUGUGUCAAUCUAGGGGCAGGUCACAGAACUAAAAAAACAAGCCCUCUAUUUCUUAAAAAAAUAAUAUAAUGUUUAUAUCUGUUGGUAAUGAAAGCUGUGCAUCUUCCACAGAGGUGGGUGAAUCUUGAAGUUUCAUACAGGUCUCUGAAAAAUCACCUUUCCCUGCUUGCAAUACCACAAUAACUAAUGCCUUUACUUGGAAACUCUGCUUUUGAUUAAAACCAGAAGGGAAAGACUGUUGCAGCGUUACAAAGGCAGGACUGCGACUUGGCUUCUUCACGUCUAAACCCCUGGAGCAAGGUGUAAACGCUGGGCUUCUCUUUGCAUCCCUCCAGGCUGGACCGCGGAGUAACAACCAUCGCAGGAUCGGUAUUCUUCUUUCUUAUUCAUAGGGCUGCGUUGUUUAGUCCCUUUCCAAUUAAACAUUGAAAUUAUAGAGCCAGAUGUGAGCCUCCAAACCCAUGAAACACCAUGGACAGCAAUUCAAAACUCUGUUCAUAUUUUAAAUGACUCUCUUUAUAUGGAAGCAAAUAUUCUGAAACUGUCAAAUUACAUGUAAGUAAAUAUAUAUGUAUAUUAAACUGGCAUUAUGAAACAUUUGCAAUAAAUGUUAUGGAGGCUGUGUGGUCCAGUGGUUAAAGAAAAGGGCUUGUAACCAGGAGGUCCCCGGUUCAAAUCCCACCUCAGCCACUGACUCACUGUGUGACCCUGAGCAAGUCACUUCACCUCCUUGUGCUCCGUCUUUCGGGUGAGACGUAGUUGUAAGUGACUCUGCAGCUGAUGCAUAGUUCACACACCCUAGUCUCUGUAAGUCGCCUUGGAUAAAGGCGUCUGCUAAAUAAACAAAUAAUAAUAAAUAGCUUUAUGUUAAUAGUUUGUAUUACUUGGGAUUGUCUUUCAAUACAAAGACAGCAAAGCAAACGUGUGAUCAGUCCAUCAUAAAGUGGAUUGUUAAUUGAUCAAUGGAAAAAUGUCAAGAUUAAAAACCCUAUUCUGAAGUAUUGCUUGUAUUUUUUUUUUCAGAG